AUGAAAAGUCCUAUUAGUGAUAAUAUUAUUCAAUUAACUCCAUUAAACAUUUGGGAAAAAAUAUUUUCUCCUUUUAUUGAUUUAAAUGUUAGAGAAUCAUAUCUUUAUGCUGAACAAAGUAAUAAUUUGUUAGAUACAACUCCUGAAAAAAUUAAAGCAUUCAUUGGGAUACUUAUAAUUAUGGGUUUCCAUUCAUUACCAAGCAUUCGUCAUUAUUGGUCUAAUGAUAAAAACUUUUUUUGUGAUAGAGUUGCAAGUAUUAUGACAGUAAAAAGGUUUUUAAAGCACUUAUCAAUUGAUGAAAGUGUGAUUGCUUUCAAGGGUAGAUCAGGGAUGAAACAAUACAUGCCGAUGAAGCCAAUUAAAAGAGGUUUCAAAGUAUGGGCAUUAGCUGACUCUGCAAGUGGUUACCUUAUUAAUUUUGAAAUCUAUACUGGUAAAAACAGUAAUAAUUUAACAGAAUUUGGAUUAGGAGAACAUUUAGUUGAAUCUUUAGUCUGA